AUGGCACGCAGCCUGCUAGGCGAGGAUGGUGCUGCAUGUGCUCUCAGCUGCGUGCCAUUUGAGGUGAACGCAGAGGAGACUGCCGCCAUCCUCUGCCCCUCCAGCCUUGUCGUCCACGGCCGAUCCGGCACGGGCAAGACCACAGUGAUCAUCCACCGGGCGUUGCUCCUCCACCGCCUCUUCUGCCACUCCACCAUCCCUAUUCCCUCCUCCUCCACUUUGCAGCAGCUCUCCCUAUGGGGGGAUUUUGUGGGGGAGAAAGAGGAUGAAUGCAGCAGGGGCGUGGUUGUAGAUCCUGGUCGCAAGAAGAGGGAACAAGGUGGUGGGCAGAGGAGGAGUGAGGUGAGGAGUUGCUGUGAGAGCAUUGCUGCUCCUGGCAGCAGUAGUGUUAGCAGCAAGUCUGUUUUGCGGGCGCCGGUGAGAGUGCUGCCGCAGUACCAGCUGGUUCGGAACUACCGCACACAUAAUGGCAUACUCAAGCUCGCGAGCAGUGUGGUGCAGCUGUUGAGAAGUUUCUUCCCGUCGUCCAUCGACCGCCUGAACGAGGAGCUCAGCGCGGUGGAGGGUGUGCUGCCUGUGAUGGCGGCUGUGUCUCCCGCAUGGAAGAGGCAGCUCGCACAGGGCAUGCCUCUCAGCGCCACCCAGGUCAGCAUGUAUAUUCUGCCCGUUAUCGUGCUCGUGUUGGCUGCUGUGCCUCUGCAUGUUGCCGUGUCUGUGAACGGUGCCAUCAUUGUGCGCAGUGCGGAUCAGAAGAAGGCGCUGUCCGCCCUCUUCCCAGUGAAGCCUGUGGAGCCUGCUCUACACCUACAUGCACGACAGCGGUCUGGCAGAUGGGGCGCACUGGAGUGGCACUGUUCACUGUGUACGGAUCUGAAGCAGCUGUAUUUGGCUAUAACGAGGGCAAAGCAGCGGCUGUGGGUGCUGGACGAGACAGGCGAGGGGAGUGGGCCCUAUGAGGAGGGUGCACGGGCGAGGAACCACAGCUGUCCAAUGAUGGACCUGUGUGCGGCGAUGGGGCUUGUGGUGGUGAAACGUGGUGAGGAGACUGUAGCAGAGUCAGUGAAGCCGGCUUCAGAGGACAAGGACUGGCGAUCACUUGCCUUCACUGUGAGUGCUGGGAGUGCUGGGAGUGCUGGGAUUGUUAUCAGUGCUUCGAAUGCUGCUAGUGCUUCAAAUGCUAGGGGCGACUAUGAGGUGGCAGAGGCAUCAUAUGAGUGCACUGGGGACACUCUCAACGCGCGCUUCUCCCGCGCCAUGCUGCUUUAUGAGGCGGGCAUGGGCCGCGCUCCACCGCCAAGUGCAGCAGCCUCCUCCUCUGCCCUGCAGUCAGCCUGCCCCUCUGCGCUGCCCUCUGUGCACCCGGACUUGUCUCUGCUCUCCGCGUCUGACCUGCUGCUCGCUGCCGCGCGCUUGUUUGAAGGCAUAGGAAGGGGAGCGGAGGCAGGGCGCGCGUACAGCAAGGCGAGAAGCUUUGAAGAUGCAGUGCGACUCUACCUCUCCAUCUGUCACCCGCCCGAUCAUCUAAAGGCCGCCCGAUGCUAUGAGAAGUUAGGAAGGCUCAGCGAAGCUGCUGAUUGCUACAGUGCAGGCGGAGACAUGCACAGUGCGCUCUCUGUGUGCCUGCGAGCUCGCUCCUUCAGCAAGGGCCUCUCACUUCUCGACAGCUGGCAGGCUGCUGAAGCCACGUCAGCAUCAGGGGCGGUACCCGACCAAGAAUCUCUGCAUCUGAAAGGAUGGUACGUGACUCAAUGUGCAUUGAAGCACGAAGAGGAACGUGACUAUAAAGAGAUGGUGUUCAUCCGGCUGCACCCGUCCUUGCAAGCGAAGCGGGAGUUUCUCGAGAAAGGGCAGCACCUGAGGCAACUGGCGGAGGUGGAGAGCGAGGAGGGCGACAGCACGCGCGUACCGCUGCUGCUGCAGAGGGCCGGCAUGCUCCUGGAGGCGGCACUGUGCCUAGCUUGGCUGGCCAGGCCGCUCCCUUGUAUGCUUUGUGCGCCACCUACAGUGGCGGGUGAACAUGGCGGGGCGAGGGGCAUGGAUGGGGGAGGGGAGGAGUAG